AUGGGCACGGGCACGUUUAGGGUUGGUCGAGCCGGACCACGCGCCCGAGCCCGAGCCGGACCCUUCUCCCCCGCGCGCUCGAGCCCGCCGCCACCCAUCUCUCGCUCCCUCCCCCCGCCCGCCGCCACGCUCCCCGCCGCCGGCAACCACCUCCCCGCCGCCCGCCGCCCUCCUCUCGCUCUCCCUCCACCUCUGCAAGCACCUCCUCGCCGCCACCUCCACCUCUCCCGAGCUCCCCUUUACCUCGUGCCGCCGCCAGCAGCCGCGCGCCGCCGCCAGCAGCCGCACGCCGCUCUCCUCCUCGUCCUCGCGCCCAACCCGCAGUCCCCUGGCCGGCCUCCUCCUCGCGCCCCCGCCCACCAAGCUCCCUGGCCGGCCUCCUCCUCCCGCUGCCCGGCCAUCUUCCCCCGCAACACACGGCCAUGUGGUGACCGCCUCGUCAUGAGCACCCCGGCGUGA